CGAAAACCGAUGCAGACCGGCGUCAAUUGCAAACGCUGAGCAGGCUCCGCCGCGUAGCGCACGUUCUUCCGUCAUGGGAUGGCCGUCGGCCGCGAUGCUGCUGCUCGUCGUCGCUCUCCUCUGCAUCGCCGCUCGGGGCCCGCUGGCGGCCGAGGCUGCUGCCACCAAGCAGCCCGCCAAGUUUGAAAGUACGCGCACCACCACGGCACUGCCGGCUUCGACCGCCGCAAAGCUGCGGGCAGCCCCGACGGACGACGACGGAAAGAACGACGUCCAGGACAGGCCGGUCACCAGUGGCGUCGAGCUCGAGGAUUACGACGACGCCGCCGACGAGCUGCCCAGCACCGACUUGAAAGCACGAACCGGUGGCUCUGCGACGCCGGCGGAGGGGAGCGACGACGAUGACGAAGACGACGACUAUGAUUCCACGGACGACUUCGAAGACGCUGAAGCGGGCCCGACGGAACCGAGCGAGUCGACGACAAGUUCCACGCCGACCACCGCCAAGGCAGCGAGUGCCACUGCUGCGGCAGAAGAAAACGCUGUGACCAAAAGUAGUGAGCCGAUGCCGCAAGCUACUGCUAAUCUGACAAACGUUAGCACGGUGCCAACUUCUCAGGCGUCUACCACGAACGCUUCAGCGUCUUCUGUGCCGGCCACGACGACGACAACUACUACUACUGCUGCUACAAGUCCGACCGGUAGAGUCACAACAACAACAGUACCAUCCGGGGCGUCCACUGUGUCAGUCACUUCUACAGAAGGCAGCACAACGCUCAAAGAUGACGCGACUACCAACGUCGAGAGUACGACAUCACUCGCGGACUCUACUAUCUCCGUAAGAAGCACUACUGAAAAUCCCGACGUUAGCACGGCGGUCAACGACGGUUCCGAUGUCACAGUGAAGCCAGAAAUUGAACCCGAAUUCAGCGGAGACAACCAAAUCGCAGCUUACCAGGGAGCGGCAUCUUCGCUCUCCGUGACGGCUGUUGAGUCGACUACUUCCUCCACCACCACAACAGAGUCUUCAACCACCGAAUCCACUACAACGGAAUCAACUACGACGGCGUCGACAACCACGGAGUCCACCACUACCGAAUCUACGACUACAGAAUUGACUACACAAUCAACGACAACAGAGUCCAUGACCGCGGAAGGCACGACAACAGAAACGACCACUACAGAAACAUCGACGAUGGAGUCUUCUUCUGACGAGGUCUCGACGAAUGCCGAAAGUACCACGGAGUCUGAUUCCACAACCUCCAGCGAAAUGACGACCACCGUAAGCGAAGCUGAAGGUUCGGCAGCAAGCGGAAUGAGAGAAAUGGAAGAUUUGGAUGCGGCUGGCGGAACGACGACUCAGAGUACACCAGAGAUCACUACGGUCAGGGAUUACGAGCCUGAUUUGAACGCCGUUAUUAACCAGUUCAUGACACAGAUCCUGCCCUUAACAACGCGGUUUCUCUCCGACACCAACGUUUCCGCUGACUGCGUCAACCACUUGUGGAAAGUGUACCAGGGAUUUCGUCGGCAAGACGCUUGGGCGCUCAGGUUGAUCACCUCAUCGGGACUGAUCCCAGCGAACCUCUUCGAGGGCUCCCUGAGCAACCUGGGUAGCUACGAGCAGUGUCUGCGCACCAAGUCGGUGGGCAGCGAGGGCGAACUGGAGAUUCAGGGACGAUACUGCUCGCUCUUCUUCCGGCCGCCGCCACUCUACUACAACCGCACCACCGAACAGUUCAAGGCCAUCGGGGAGAUGCAGCAUGAGUGCCGUACGAGGAUCGAAGUGUUAUUCGUGCAAGAAUACGGUGCCCGGGCUAUCGUCAAGAACUGCAGAGUCGAGGAGCCAUUUACAAUGUCAGACCUCCAGAUCGGAAUUCUGUGUGCUCUGGGUGGCUCCGUGGGGCUCGUGCUCCUCGCAACCCUGGUGGAAAUCUGUCUCUUUUGCUGCUCAAACCACAAAGUAUCGGACCCGAAAUAUGACGUGGUUCCGGUGAAGGUGGUCAAGUGCUUCUCUCUGGUGCACAACACGAGGCGCCUCAUCAGCACCCACUUCGACACCAACUGCCCCCGCAAGCCGGUGCGCUUCGUCUACGGCGUCAAGGUCUUCAUGAUGCUCUGGAUAAUUCUCGGGCACAGCUACUAUACCUCCAACUUCCAGACACUCCACUCCGGCUACCGGAUCAUGGACCUGUACAGCAUGGUGCACGCGCAGCUGCUGGGCAGCGCCUUCUACGCUGUUUCCACCUUCUUCUUCAUGAGCGGCUUCGUGUUGGCCUACUUUAUGCGGCAGAGCAAGGACGAGACCAUCAUGCGGCCCUUCCUCGCGCUCUACGUGUUCGCCGUGGUGCGACGGUAUCUAAAGCUGACGAUUCCGGCAAUGGUGGUGGUUCUGUGCUUCUUCCUGUUCCCAUUGUUCAUAUCGGGACCUCAAGACCAGGACCUGAUGGGCCAGGAGCAAGAGGGCUGCAACGAAAACUGGUGGACUAUCAUGGCCCAGAUAGUCAACUUUGUACCCAGUGAAAAAAGGUGUAUGCAGCAGUACUGGUACAUAAGCAGCGACAUGCAGAUAUUCCUCGUCGCCGUACCAAUGUCCAUCAUAUUUGUGAGGAGCCCGGCAUGCGGCUUCUCCUUGGCGUUGCUGCUCAGCGUUCUGGCAUCUGUGGCGGCUGGUCUCGUAACGUAUAUGAAAGACCUGAAACCAUCUAUCGCAUUCACAAUCGACGACUUCAGCCGCAAUCUGGAGACUGCCGAAUUUGUCCACGAGCUUCCUUACUCAAACUUGGCCACCUACUUUAUGGGAAUACUCUCCGGUUACUGCGCUGCCACUUGGAGUAAAGCGUGCAUAAACAAGGUGCUGCAGGCCUUCCUGUGGAUCUUAGCGCUGUGCCUGAAUGUGUUCCUGGUGUUUGUGCCGUACGCGUGGAACCGGUGCGAGACGGACGACCUGAAGCAGCUGUACGCGGCCUUCUACGGCGGCAGCUACCGCUACCUCUGGGGCCUCUCCUGGUGCUGGAUCGCCUACGCAUGCGCCACCGGAAGAGGAGGGAUCCUCUCCAGAUUCCUAUCCUGGAAUCCCUUCGUGGUCCUGGGAAGGCUGACGUUCGGCGUGUAUUUAAUACAAUACGUCGUCUUCAUCGCCAGGCAAGGAGUCAGCACAAACACCUUGCAAGUCAACGAGUUUCUACAGGUCAAAGACUCCUUGGGCGUGGCCGUGAUCAGCUACUUCUUCGCCUACCUCCUGCACGUGGUGUACGAGGCGCCCGUGGCCGGCGUCACACGGAUGAUCUUCCAGUUCCACAAAAUCCGCAAGCCGGGAGGAGGCUCCAAGAAGCGGCCGCAGCAGCCGCAACCCGAGUCGCCGCCUCCAGCCGCCACCACAUCCGAGCCGACCUCGAACGGCUCGGCGGCUACGCCCAUGGCCAGCAACGACUCAAACCACACCCCGGCCACCAUUCCUGAAGAGCCUUAGUCCUGAGCUCCGAACACGUGGCCAAUCCAGGGACGUACGGAUGUGUCACAAGCAUCGGCGUGGGGAAAGGAGGAGCAGAAACUGGAGGGCGUAAUAUAAAUUGAUGAGCCCUUUCAAACGAGGCAUUUAGGUGCGAGAUCAACAAAAGCAGCGGCACUGCCUCGAAGGGAAACCAAGUUUUUUUUUUUGUUUUUUGUCAAACUGACGUCUUCCGCCUCUACAGAGGAAGAACUGUGGCUCCAACUCCACUUUGGCGUCACGUUCACGGAAAUACUCAGCGAACACGUGAAGCAGAGAGAACAGGGUUUGCCUUGGUGGCAGUGCUACCACGUUGCUGAUCUGAAGCCCGUUGUCGUAUCCUCAGCCGCUAUUGGGAACGAGACCCUGGAUGGUACCGCGACCCCACGUGAUGCCGUGGGAGUGAGCACGCAUUGUUUUCGUCUGAAGUGCUCUCGCAUAAUGCAUUUGGUGGUAUGCGCCAAAAGAGAGGAAAAAAUGUGGAGCUGCCCGCUACUAUCGGUUCUACGGAUCAUCUCGACGUACGGCCUCUGGCGUGCUGUGGGCCCUCGGGAAGGCUGUGCCAAACGGUAAUGCCAGUUACAGCGCCAAAAAGUUUGCGUCGACGCGACAGAACGUAGAGCUCCUCGACCACUGUGCUUUCUCCCAUGCCAGAUGCUAAGCACGAACACUCGUACGGCCCGCGACGGAAGUCGUGAAAGUCAUAAUUCAUUCCCAGAUUGCGUCUCUCCCUGUCUCUCUCUCUCCCUUUGUGUGUGAUGUGUCUUUCAGGCGCGUUGGUGCCUUGUUUUCGAGAGUCAACAAACGAUUAUGAAGUUCAGCUGGACUUGUUUUGAACGGGUUCGAGGUCAACGGUUCCCGAUGACAUUUGCAGUAUGUCUUGAGGGACGAAUGUAUUAAAGAAUUGUGUGCUACAAAUUAUUGUUGCUCAAGCAUGCCCAAUGCUUACGCUAUUUCUGAUUCCUGCGCUUUUCUGCCUGACAAUGAGCGAAGAAGGCAUUUUUGCACGGACCCCGGUCAAAUAGUUGGAAGGGCCGCGUACCAAGCGGCACUAGAAGAUAGACAGAUUUCCAUGUCCAUAAAAAGGAUUUAAGACAUAGUUUGAAAAUAAUUUAUGGGAAGGGAACAAUGCAGUUACAGGACUGUGCUAAAUAUUUGGGCACAACCGCGUGCAUUUCCUUUCUUUCUCGUUUAUUUUUUCGCGUCCGCGGCACGAGAAAACGCAAAGGAGGACUCCUGUCCUUCGCUUUUUCUCACCUGACAGCUUCAAGGCGCGAGUGUUUUGUUUCAUUGCUGUGAAUACGUUCAUCAGUAAAAGAAGCCUGUCCUGGUCAAAUCAUCGGGGAAAGUCCCCGCACAGAGUUUCUUACGCGAGAAAAGUGGCGUCGUAGUUCUGUAGCCACCAACAGAAUGCUGGGAAGACUGACGUCCUUUCUUUUUCUUUUUUUUUUCCUUUUUUUACGGAGGUCUAGCAGACCUUAAAGCUGCACCCGACAACCAAUAUUCCGUGUGUCACAAAGGCUUCGUGUGCACUAAAGAAAGUGUAAGAGCUAGUUUGUUAACAAAUGGUCAAUUAUAUUGAGUAAAACACGCAAGUACUUGGGCUAGGGUGUACAGUUAUAUUAAAUGUUGGCGUUAACGCCGGCAAGAAGAGGACAACGCUUACUCAUUGUCACUUCCAAUUCAAUGUCUCCUUCUUCUUUAAUUAUUAUUUCCCCUGUUAUGCUCUGUAGAUGCAAGCUAUAAUGUAAAAUGUAUUACAGAGGAAUCAAAAUCUUCCGGGAAGGCUAGUUACGAGAACAUUUUAUUUUCGCAGGCAAGGCCACUUUUUUGGCACACCCUGAUCCACGCCAAGCUUUCCGCGUCAUGGUACUCGAAAGGUGGCUACCCAGCAUGUUGACAAACUGCUCGAGAGGGUUCACUCGAGAGGGAACACCAGCGACUUAACGUUCUUGGCAACUUCAAAAUUUGGCAAUAGCCGCUCGUUUGUAUAGGGUUUUCCUUUGCAGAGCUGUUGGGGAAAAGCGAUGCAUUGCAACAGUACGACUGCGACCAGUUGUAGACAUGCCUUAUUAUGAUGAGUGGCAACGGUGACACCGUUGCUGGUAACUGUGACAGCAACGGUGACACGAAGCACUAGCACCGUGUCACCGUCGCAUAGUGAGGCAGUUCUCUCUAGCUGGUCCCUAUGUGUGUAGCACCACCGCGUGGCUGGUUCUCGAAAUUAUAAGGCAUGAUGCCUUACGGACGAUACGUGAUAAUACAGAGCGACCACCUUUGUACACGUUUACUUUUCUCGAUGGUCGUUGACGGGCGACGAUACUGUUUGCUAUGGUUAAAAUGAGCCUGAAAAAAAUUCCCUCGGAGUAGACACAGCGUUAUGUCACGGACGAGUGACUGUGGUGUCUUGUCAACGAGUCCUUGCUUGUGGUGGCCUCUCUUGUGAACGCUUCCGCCGUUGUAUAAUGCAGAUCUGAAAACUGCUCUUGUCUGUCGCUUGUUGCCCCCGAAUGCUUAAACAGUGAAGUUUUGUAUUGUUCAAGUACAAGUGUGAUGUGAAUCAUAUGCAAACUAAGAAAUUCGAAACCGCAAAGCUGGUCGGUAUAAGAGUAUUAUUUCACACUUCUUACUGUUCAAUACCAAGACUAGCCCUAAUAACAAUUCAGCCAUUUAGUGAUAAUUUUUAUUGUCACAAAUUAUCCUACUUGGGGAUCUAAUUGAACUUCUGCGUGAUGUCGUGCAUCAUUAUUGGCCCCCAAGGAACAGGUUUCAACAGAGACAUGUUGUAAACACGCAGGCUGCAUGUUUUGCAUCAGCUGUUCAGUCAAAUCGUAGUGAGUGAUAAAGGCAAAAGAAACACCAUCCUUUUUAGGCGUCCAGGCUGCGGACAACAUGAAUGGCAGUAAACAUCAAACUCUUUCUUCCCAAACUUCUACACAUUUACACCCUGUACACACACCGUUAUUCACGCAUGAAGGCACUGCCUUCAAGCCUGUUUGUAAGCUUGCGAGCCACAUGUUGUAAAGCGCAUAUCCACGAUUAACCUGCGUGUUAAUCAGUCAUUAUACAAUUCGAAUUGUGUCUAAAGGGAACAAGAGUUUUAAUUGAAGCAUCGUCAUUGCACUGCCAUUUUUACGAUGUUCAGUACAUCUUUGAAACAAAGAGCGUAUAAUCGUUUACAUACGGCAUGCGACAGUGGUUUGACUAUACUUAUCAAUGCACCUAUACAAGAACCCAUCACUCGCCGCCGCGAGCACUUUCACCUAGACUAUGCAAGCAAAUAAUUGUUCACACUGACGGGUGGGGAAAGCAACGUUAUCUUUGCUGAUUUUUGUUCCCCUUUUUUGUGGUUUUGUUUUUGUUUUUGUUCUUCGCGACUACGGGACAAGAGUCUUUUGCUCAGGCUCUAUUGCACUCUCUUUAUUUAUGGCCUUCACUUCUUUCCUUGUGUGUCUUUCUUGAUAUAUUUGAUGCUUACGCGGUCUCCUGUAUUGUUUUAUAUUGUCCCACAAACCGCGAAACUGUUUAGAAAAACUUUCGCGUGAAAUCUUGUAUGUUUAUUAUUUUUUAGACCAUGGAAAAAUAAAACGUUUCACCUUUAAAUCA